GCAUGGGAGGGCCGAAGUGAUUCAGCCGCCGGUCUCCACAUAGACCGCGCCUCGUGUCCCCGGCGCUCCUGGUCUGCAAUGGCAGCGGCCGCCAGCCCCGCGAUCCUUCUGCGCCUCGCGAUUCUUCUGUACCUGCUAUUCGACUGGUCCGGGACGGGGCGGGCCGAUGCUCACUCUCUCUGGUAUAACUUCACCAUCAUUCGUUUGCCCAGACAUGGACAACAGUGGUGUGAGGUCCAGAGCCAGGUGGAUCAGAAGAAUUUUCUCUGCUAUGACUGUGGCAGUGACAAGGUCUUAUCUAUGGGUCACCUAGAAGAGCAGCUGAAUGCCACAGAUGCCUGGGGAAAACAACUGGAAAUGCUGAGACAGGUGGGGCAGAGGCUCAGACUGGAACUGGCUGACACUGAGCUGGAGGAUUUCACACCCAGUGGACCCCUCAAGCUGCAGGCCAGGAUGUCUUGUGAGUGUGAAGCUGAUGGAUGCAUCCGUGGAUCUUGGCAGUUCAGCUUCAAUGGACAGAAGUUCCUCCUCUUUGACUCAAACAACAGAAAGUGGACAGUGGUUCACGCUGGAGCCAGGCAGAUGAAAGAGAAGUGGGAAAAGGACAGCGGACUGACCACUUUCUUCAAGAUGGUCUCAAUGGGAGGCUGCAAGAGCUGGCUUAGGGACUUCCUGAUGCACAGGAAGAAGAGGCUGGAACCCACAGCACCACCCACCGUGGCCCCAGGCUUAGCUCAACCCAAAGCCAUAGCCACCACCCUCAGUCCCUGGAGCUUCCUCAUCAUCCUCUGCUUCAUCCUCCCUGGCAUCUGAGGAGAGUCAUUUAGAGUGACAGGUGGAAGAUGAUAUCAAGAAGACUCUGUUAGCCUGGUCUGGUUUCUGCUCUCCCUUCAGGGAGGCCGCCUGUCUACUCACCACUGUGCCUUUCUGGAAAGCAGGAGUUCAAGCCUUAGCAAGCCCACAGGCCCCAGCAGAUGAUGAGGACAUUGUAGACUCAACAUUUCCUGCCACUCAUUACCUUUGCUCAUGAUCCCAGCAGCCAUUUUUCUUAACACCGUCUGCUACUUUCUCUCAGUGCUAAUGGAUGGAAUUCCUGCACAAGUUUUAACUGAACAAGAAAUCCCAGCAAAAGGCAUUUUCUUUCUAUUUCUUUGAUUGUGGAAAAGCAGACACUUCUCUCAAGCAUGACCUUAUUCUUCCAAAUGGUAUUGCUAGUCAAAUAGCAUGCAGGACUUCAGACCUCAGGGAUCCUUUCGAUGCACUGACCAAGAAUUGUAUUAAUCCUUUUUAUUGUUAUAGUUUUUUUACAUUUUCUCAUUCUGUCAACCAUAUUGGAGUGAAGUGGCAUAGUCAUCACUCACUGUAAUCUCCAACUCCUGGGCUCAAGUGAUCCCAUAAACUCAGCCUCUAGAAUAGCUGGGACUACAGGUGCAUGCCACCAUGCCCAGCAAAUUGUUUUAUUUUUAGGUAGAGAUUGGGUCUUCCUAUGUUGCCCAGGUAAUAAAACUGUAAAAAUCCUAGAAUAUAAGCUAAGAAAUACCAAUGUGGACAUAGGGCCUGGCAAAGAUUUCUUGAAGAAGACACUAAAAACAAUUGUAACAAAAACAAAAAUUGACAAAUGGGACCUCGUUAAACUAAAAGGAAACUAGCAACACAGUAAACAGACAGCCUGUAGAAUGGGGAAACUAUUUGCAAACUCUGCAUCUGACAAAGGUCCAAUAUCCAGAAUCUACAAAGUACUUAAACAAUUCGACAAGCAAGAAGAAAAAACCCAAUUAAAAGAUGUGCAAAGACAUGAACAGACACUUUUCAAAAGAAGACAUACAAGUGGCCAACAAACAUGAACAAAUGCUCAAUAUCACUAAUCAUUAGAUAAGUGCAAAUCAAAACUGCAAUGAGUUACCAUCUCUUACCAGUCACAAAGUCGGAGAUGGUGGUGAAGCUGCAGAGGAAAAGAAACAGACACUGUUGGUGGGAAAGGAAACUUGUUCAGCCGCUAUGGAAAGCAGUUUGGAGAUUUCUCCAAGAACUUAAAAUAGAACUACCAUUCAAUCCAGCAAUCCCACUACUCGGGAUAUAUCCACAGGAAAAUAAUUCAUUUUAUCCAAAAGACACCUGCAUCAAUAUGUUCAUUACAGUGCUAUUCUCACCAGCAAGGACAGAGAAUCAAUCUAAGUGCCCAACAACAGUGAAUUGAAUGAAAAAAAUGUGGUACAUAGACACCAUAGAAAUCUAUGCAGCCUAUUCUCACUCAUAGGUGGGAAUUGAACAAUGAGAACACAUGGACACAGGAAGGGGAACAUCACACUUUGGGGACUGUUGUGGGGUGGGGGGAGGGGGGAGGGAUAGCAUUGGGAGAUAUACCUAAUGCUAGAUGACGAGUUGGUGGGUGCAGCGCACCUGCAUGGCACAUGUAUACAUAUGUAACUUACCUGCACAUUGCGCACAUGUACCAUAAAACCUAAAGUAUAAUAAUAAUAAUAAUAAUAAUAAUAAAGAAAAAAAAAGAAAUCUAUGCAGCCACGAAACACAGCAAAAUCAUGUCCUUUUCAGCAACAUGGAUGGAACUAGAGGCUAUUAUCCUAAGCAACCUAAUGUAAGAACAGAAAACCACAUACUGCAUGUUCCCAUUUGAAAGUGGCAGCUACACAUUGAAUUCACAUGAACCACGGACACUGGAGAUCACUAGACAGGUGAGACAGGAGGGGCACCUGGGCUGAAAAACCACCUGUUGGGUACCAUGCUUACUGUUUGAGUGAUGAGAUCAUUGGAACACCAAGCCUCAGCCUCCCAAAAUCUACCCAUGUAACAAACCUGUAUGUGUACCCUUUAAUCUAUAAUAAAGGUUAAAAUUAAAGAUUCAUAAGUAAAAUAAAAUGACAUAGAGCCCUACAAAAAAUGGGGUUAACUGAGUGGAACGAGAGAACUUUGCACUAUGAAUGCUAACCCAGAUCAAAAACUAAACUCUAGUCAUUUAAAAUAAUCUAAGUUGUAUAUGAUUAUAAUUGUAUAAAAGUUAUACAUGAAAGUGCCA